AUUUUAAAGGCAAAACUAACUCUAGUCAAUUUCCUAACCUUACCACGGUUAAAUAUCUAACCAUGGUUAACAAUCAUCCUUCUCUUUUAACUUCUCUCACUCUGUCUUCUCCACUUCCUCUGCUGUCUGCUCCGCACCUACACUUAAAAAAAAAACUCAAACCGUCUCAUCAUGGCGGCGUCACAGACCUUCUCACUCCUCGCCUUCGCUUUCUCCCUCCUCGCCUUCGCUUCAACCGUGAGUAGCCACAACAUCACUCAAAUCCUCGCUGAUUCCCCUGACUACUCUUCCUUCAACAGCUACCUUACUCAGACGAAGCUCGCCGACGAGAUCAACAGCCGCACGACGAUUACUGUCCUCGUCCUCAACAAUGGUGCUAUGUCUUCUCUCGCCGGGAAACAUCCACUCUCCGUCAUCAAAGGCGCUCUAAGCCUCCUCGUCCUCCUCGAUUACUACGAUCCCCAAAAACUCCACGGGCUCUCCAAAGGUACAACUCUCUCCACCACACUCUACCAAACCACCGGAAACGCUCCCGGAAACCUAGGAUUUGUCAACAUCACCGAUCUUAAAGGAGGCAAAGUCGGAUUCGGCUCCGCCGCUUCAGGUUCCAAACUCGAUUCAUCUUACACCAAAUCCGUUAAACAAAUCCCUUACAACAUCUCCAUUCUCGAGAUCGAUGCUCCGAUCAUCGCUCCCGGAGUUUUAACGGCUCCUGCUCCUUCCGCCGCCUUGUCGAACAUCACCGGAUUACUCGAGAAAGCCGGCUGCAAAACCUUCGCGAAUUUGCUUGCUUCCAGUGGAGUUCUCAAGACUUACGAAUCCGCCGUUGAAAAAGGCUUGACGGUUUUUGCACCGUCCGAUGAAGCUUUUAAAGCUGAAGGUGUACCAGAUCUGACGAAGCUCACACAAGCCGAGGUGGUCUCGCUCUUAGAGUAUCACGCCCUCGCUGAGUAUAAACCUAAAGGCUCAUUGAAGACUAACAAAAACAACAUCACCACAUUGGCCACUAACGGCGCCGGAAAAUUCGAUCUAACAACCUCAACCUCCGGCGACGAGGUUAUUCUCCACACCGGCGUUGCUCCGUCGAGACUCGCCGACACUGUGCUCGACGCGACUCCGGUUGUGAUAUUCACCGUGGAUAACGUUCUCCUCCCUGCUGAGCUAUUCGGGAAAUCUAAAUCACCUUCUCCGGCACCGGCGCCGGCACCAGAUACGGCAUCGGCACCAUCUCCGGCGGAAGGACCUUCCCCAAUCGCGGCUUCACCACCAGCACCUCCAACGGACGAUGCACCGGAUAGUGCUCCUUCAGACUCGCCGGCAGGUUCAGCAAACAGUAAGUCGAAAAACGCGGCGACUGGCGUGAACUCACCGUCAUUGUUCACCGCAUUGAUCACGUUCGCCGCCGUAACCAUCUCCGUGUCUCUCAGCCUUUGAAACCUUUUAGAAUUCUCCGUAAUUACGCAGUCUGCCACUCCCCCCCUCUUUGUUUUAUUUUUAAUUUAUUUCUAUUUUUGUGGAUUCUUCAGUGUUUGUUGAGUUUGAAAACAUUGGAUUAGUGAGUGACGUUUUUAUAUUUUGAAUCUUUUUGUUAAUCACAUUUUCAUUAUUUGCUUUCUAAGUGUUGUUGAUCUGAUUUUUAUCCUGUUGAGAUCUAUCGGCCUCCAGUUCUAUCUUUUAA